GGUUCUGCAGCAUACGAGUUCCUGUCUGUGGACUAUACCGAGAGGAAGUGGAAAGGUCCGGCACUCAGUCAGAGAGCCGUGUACCGGAGCCUCAUGCCGGAAAAUUAUCGCAGAGUGGCCUCAUUGGAUUCCAAAGGAAAGAUUGAACUGUUCAGUUUCCUAUGAUUCCAGAUGACCAAGAUACCAAAGACAUAUUUUGAGUCAUAUUUCAAAUUAUCGAUCCCUUUCUUAAUUUUCGUAGGAAUGCAGUACUGCCUUCUACCAGUUCAGUGCCCCAGGGACUAGAGGACCCCCACUUUUAGAGCUCUGCUGUCCCCUGCAUGCUUUUCUGAACCCAUGGCUUCUCUGAAUCUUGUCAUUGUCCUCACACGUGAGAAUCACUUUUUUUGGUCCGUUUUUUUCCUAAUUGUGCUUGCCUACACUGUUUCUCAUAUUUGACUUGAGGAAUUUGCCACUCCUCUCUCCCCUCAAUAUCUUUGCUGAGAACCGUGGAAGCAGACAAUGGCAUGGUUGGAAAGGAUGUUAGAGUUCAUCAUUUUACUAAGUGACUUCUGUAAGAUCACCCGUCUGUACAGUCUGUUCUCUUGCCCUCCAGUUGCUCUUUUUUUUUUUUUCCUUUUAAGUUUAUUUAUUUAUUUUGAGAGGGAGAGAGAACGCAAGUUGGGGAGGGGCAGAGAGAGAGGGAGAGAGCAUCCCAAGCAGUCUCUGCUCGGCAUGGAGCCCAACACAUGGCUCGACCCCACGACUGCAAGAUCACGACCUGAACCGAUACCAAGAGUCAGAUGCCUAACCGACUGAGCCACUCAGGUGCCCCUAAUUGCUCUUUUGAAUUGGGUAAUUAAUUGGAGCAAUUAAGAGCUAUCAGGACAGAGCUCUGUCCACUCUCUUCCCCCCUCAUCGUCCUUCCCCUGUUCAUCUUUCUGUCCAUGAAGAAAAACUUGAGCUAGUUCCCACUUUUGUCCUGUUCUUACUGUGUCGCCUCUUAAUGUGUCCCCUAAUGUGAAGGUUUUUUCAGGUACGUAGACUCCUGAUGAUUCUGUUUCCUUAAUAGGAUGCAAAAUGAAUAAAAGUUGUUUUCUUCUCUCUUUUGGCAGCAAAUGAGACUAGGAUGGAGUGUCCAGAUUUGCCUGCAAAGCAGGAAGUUUCUAAAGGACUGGGGUCAUCUGAUGGGGCAUCAGGAGGCCUCUGUGGGGUGGUUUCUGGGGAACCAGAGGCAGGAACUGCCUAUGAAGGUGCUUUAGAGAAGCUGGAAGGGCAACCCUCAGAUGAGGAAGGGAGCAGACUGGAAAGUGAUUUCUUCAAACUAACACACAAGGAUAAAGGUAAAUCCACAAAAGAUGGAUGUGAUGAAUAUAAGGAUCCAAAUCUGUCCUCUAGUGCUACAGAUCAUCAGAGAGUUCUCAAGGGACAGAAAUUUUACCAGUGUGAUGAAUGUGGUAAAGCUUUUAAUUGGAGUUCACAUCUCAUUGGGCACCAGAGAAUCCAUACUGGAGAGAAACCCUAUGAGUGUAAUGAGUGUGGGAAGACUUUCAGGCAGACCUCUCAGCUCAUAGUUCAUCUCAGAACCCAUACAGGGGAAAAACCCUAUGAGUGCAGUGAGUGUGGAAAGACUUACCGACACAGCUCCCAUCUUAUUCAACACCAGAGACUCCAUAAUGGCGAGAAACCAUAUAAAUGCAAUGAUUGUGGAAAAGCUUUCAACGAGAGUUCCAAGCUCUUUGACCAUCAAAGAACCCAUACUGGAGAGAAACCUUAUGAAUGCACUGAGUGUGGGGCUGCCUUUAGUCGGAGUAAAAAUCUUGUUCGACAUCAGGUACUUCACACUGGUAAGAAACCUCACAAGUGUAGUGAAUGUGGGAAAGCUUUCUGUUCUAAUAGAAAUCUUACUGAUCAUCAGAGAAUCCAUACUGGCGAAAAGCCUUAUGAGUGUAAUGAAUGUGGCAAGGCCUUCAGUCGGAGUAAAUGUCUUAUUCGACAUCAGAGUCUCCACACUGGGGAAAAACCGUACAAAUGCAGUGAGUGUGGGAAAGCCUUUAGUCAGAUCUCUCAACUUGUUGAUCAUGAGCGAAUUCAUACUGGAGAAAAACCUUUUGAAUGUAAUGAAUGUGGUAAGGCAUUCAGUCUCAGUAAAUGUCUUAUUCGACAUCAGAGACUUCACACAGGUGAAAAGCCCUAUAAAUGCAACGAGUGUGGAAAAUCCUUCAAUCAGAACUCAUACCUCAUUAUACACCAGAGAAUUCACACUGGUGAGAAGCCUUAUGAAUGUAAUGAGUGUGGAAAGGUCUUUAGUCAUAAUUCUAGCCUUAUGGUUCAUCAAAGAACCCAUACUGGGGAGAAACCCUAUAAAUGCAAUGAUUGUGGGAAAGCUUUUAGUGACAGCUCACAGCUCACUGUGCAUCAGAGAGUUCACACUGGAGAGAAGCCCUACGAGUGUAUUGAGUGUGGGAAAGCCUUUAGUCAGCGUUCCACUUUCAAUCACCACCAGCGAACUCACACUGGAGAGAAGCACUCAGUUCUGGCUCGCUCAGUUAGUUAAGACAUUCUCUAAAAGCCAGAAACUUGAGUUAAAUUCAUUGUUUUUGUAAGAAAGAUGCUCACCCUGAUCUCUUGGUAUCACUGAUGAACAGCCAUUCCCUACAUUCUGCUGGGUCAUAAAGUUGGAAGAGUCACAGUGCCAUCAUUCCCCACUAUCAGGGAAGUAAGAACGACAGAUUUCAGGUAGUUGUAGGUUUCCUUCCUUCUCUCUCUCUUCAAAAAUAUAGCUCUGGUUUUUGAAUCCCAUAGUCAGAUUGUGUGCUUGUCAAAGACAGUGAUUACAUGCUUCUUUUCUAUUGCAGCUAAUUCAUUUCACAUUUACGUAAAGUUACUCUGCAGUGCUCUGAUACUUACCUAUCUUGGGCAUGGCCUUUUCAAAAGUUCUGUUGUGAUCUAGAUCCUCAUCACCAGUAUUCCCUACCUAGAAAAGCUCUUCUUAUUUGUUAAUGUUGGCCUCUCAGACCCUUUAAGAUCCAGCUCAUCUCAGAAAGACUCUUCUUGAAAUGCUUUUCCUUCCUCCUAAACUUCUGUUGAUUUGACCUCAUGCUUCAACUUACUUUGUGCUGUAAUUUGCAAUUGUUAUUAAAUUGUCUUGACAACUAUUCUCAAUGCAUAUGUGUAUAGUUUCAUACCAAUUUAAUGUAGGCUGUUUGAGGUCGGGUAUGGGAUCUUUGUCUUUUAGCACAUAGACAAUUCUCAUAUACUAGUUGUUUAAUAAAUAAGUUUUAAAAAUUCA